GAUGAGCAGCAGUUUAAUGCUCUUCCAAUUGAGUAUUACACAUGUUUAUCCCGUUUAGAGAGAUGUAAUGUAGUGUUAGAAGGCGUAAUCUCCUCGAUGACCUUUCCUCGGAGAAAAUGACCACAAAAAUGGUUUAUUUUACUGUGGGAGGCAAGCCCGAGCAGGCAGAGUUUUCGUCCGAUUUUCCCGCGGACGAAAUCAAAGAUUUGUUUCGCUGCGCGGCGGAAGCCGGUCCAUAUGACAUUCUAAAGCUCUACAACACAAGGGGAAAUCUUGUCAACAUUUCGCCAGCCCUUCAGGAAAAUACACCAGAGACACGCUACAAGCUGGAAGUUGUUGCCGCAAAUUGUGCAAGCUGCGGAUUUUGUGAUUCAGAGUCAGGAUGCACACUAGAUGCUGUAGAAGCAAGACUUCAAGCAUUGGAAAGAAGUCUCAUCAUAGAAAAUGGAGAAACAUCUCCUGUUGUCCAAGAUAUGAAGCUUAAAGUCAAUUCCUUUAAGGAGAAGUUAGAGAGUGUUGAGCACCUUAGUUGGUUGGGUCUGUUUAAAGAGAUGUCAAGUGGUACAUCCAAGAGACCCUCGUCAGAGAAACACAGUUUACGAAGAAGAACCUCUAGUGAACUCAACUCUGUUCUUGAAAAAUUUAAAAAGUUGUCGAAUGCAGAACUCACAGAUCAGACAAGGAAUCUUUUAAGAAAGCCUUCAUUUGAUAAUUGGCAGUGGGAAGAUGCCGAAAUGUUAUACUUACUUCAGCAGAUGUAUACAGACUUAAACUUGAUAGAAAUAUUUAACAUUGAGAUACCCAUCCUACAGAACUUUUUAUUCGAGGUUUUCAGGAAUUAUAAUGCAACUCCUUUUCACAACUUUAGACAUGCUUUCUGUGUAACCCAAAUGAUGUAUGGUUUAAUCUGGUUGACACAAAUCCCUGGCAAGGUGCAAGAUUGUGAUGUGCUUGUGAUGUUAACGUCUGCACUGUGUCAUGACCUGGACCAUCCGGGCUACAAUAACGCUUAUCAGGUGAAUGCCAGAACAGAGCUCGCCAUAAGAUACAAUGACAUCUCACCACUUGAAAACCAUCACUGUGCAGUAGCAUUUGAUAUCAUCUCCCAGCCCCAUUGCGAUAUUAUCAAGAACGUUAGCCAAGACGUUUUCAGGAAAUUCCGAGAAGGCAUGAUCAAAUGUAUUUUGUCAACGGAUAUGGCAAGACACAACGAAAUCUUAAACAAAUUUAAAGACAUUUUGGCGGAUGGUUUUAGCUUUGAAAACGAGGUUCACAAGUCUAUGUUGAUGCAGAUUAUGAUUAAAGUAUCGGAUGUAUCAAACGAAGCUAGACCGAUGGAGGUCGCCGAGCCUUGGCUGGACUGCCUGUUGCAGGAAUUCUUCAUCCAGAGUGAUGUGGAAAAGCUGGAAGGAUUGCCAGUAGCACCUUUUAUGGACAGAGACAAGGUCACCAAACCGUCAGCUCAGAUUGGUUUCAUACGCUUUGUUUUAACUCCUUUGUUUGAAGCUCUUGGACAGCUCUUUCCAGUCCUGGAGGGGCCUCUUAUCGCGCCAGUUCGAAAAGCUUUGAGCUACUACACUCAUAUGGGCAAAACAAUGGAGGAGGAACUGAAGAAACAAGAAAAGAAACACUCCAGAGAAGAACAUCAAGAAAAAAUAGAAACCAAAGUCGAUAUUAUAGAAACGACGGAAGAGAAACAAGAAACUAUUGAGACGACGGAAGAAAAACAAGAAAAGAUACUGCUGAAAGAGGAACAAACUGACAAUAAUGUAGAAUCCUAAGAGGCAAUCAGGCAGCAAAAAUAAGUGUGUGGAUUCUCGGAUUCCGCGUCUACCGUCGCCCGCCUAGUUACAUUAUAAACAAGCAAAGGUUUACUGGAGGAUGUUGGAAAUAGUUUUCAACUGAACGGAGAUCCAGUAAUUCUUUGUUGGAGUUAGAAUCCACCGAGAAUUUUUUUUGUCGUCAUUACGCUACAACUGAAAUUUUUGGUCAUCCGCUGGCAACCUCGUUGUCAGGGUCGGCGAGAGACUCUUGGAACGAGGGUUUUCGCUCGGCACCAACCUUGACCUUUUUAAUACAUAACGAUUUUAAACUCCGUUCGAUGAUUGGUUGAGCAACACGUGAUCAGUAAUUGCCACGCAAGUGUUUCUCUCGCUGCUCGCAAUAUCGUUGCCCGGUAGAUGAGUACCACGUGGUAAAUUUUGGCCAAUGGCGCAACAGAAAAAUUACUGGUGGAUUCAUAAAUGUAUAUUUACUUAAUAUUUAUUGACAGAUUAUGGAGAAUGGACUUCAUAUUUUCAUACUCUUGUACAAUAUUGAACAUUUCAAACGAAUGAAAUCGUUCACAAAGAUCAAAGCAUUGCAAAAACCGAUUUAUACAAAACCAACCCUUUCUAUUUCAUGAAUUAUGUAAUUUCACAAACCGAACAUGCGAACAUGUCCACUUUUCAUUACACUUUUCAA